GUUUAAAGGGUUCGACAAAGGCGGGUUAUGAGUGAACGGUUUAGGGCGACAUGCACGCCGCCUAAAGUUUGAGCUACUAAACUUUUGUGAGCAGAAACGACAGACCUUCCUUACUUAAUAAUGUCGGACAGCACUCGAAGUUUUCACGAAAGCUCUUAUGAUAUCAGUCCGUGUGACUCGACACAGACUAUUUCAAUUGCAGAUCAGCUAAGAGCAGUAAAGGACGGAGAAAUCUGUGUGGUAGACUAUAGGAAUUGCAGCGUCCUGCAAUGCAUGACAUGCAACACAGUGCUUGGAGACUCUCUCGGCAUCUGUGGGGAAGUCCAGAGCCUUCAGAGUAUUAUUUGUCUGAAAGUUACUGAGAAUGUGAGUGUGAAUAAAAAGCUGGAGAUGAGUUUGACUGGUCAUCUGGCCUUCUCCACCUACCAAGUCCUUAACUGUGCUGGUUGCCAGGGUGCUGUUGGCCUGGUUCUUCACUCAACCCCAGAACACCUGUCUGCUUUAAGAAAUCUCUUCUGUUUACAAAAAGAUCUGAUAAACUGCUACAUCCUAAGAAGUGACAAAUGUGUCAAAGCCUCCAAAGUCAACUUCAAAUACAGACUCAUGGACAAAGAUAUUAAAGAGCUGAAGCAAGAUUUAGAAGCUCAGCUGAAGCAGGUGAAGAUUCUGGAGGGAAUGAUGAAAACCUUGUGCACACACAGUGUAAGCUAAAGAAAGGCCAGGCAUGGAAUAUGUACAGUUGUUUUGUUGUAACUGUUCAAAUAAAGUGUAUAUAUUUUUUGUAUUAUGUAUGGAAUAAUGUUGUUUGUUUUUUUUAUUUUUUGAAAGUUUAAAAAUGUGAAAUUAUCUUUGGUUACCAUAUUAUAUUUACAUAUGUGCAAAGAAAGGGAUUUUAUAACAGUAAAUAAUUGUAUAUAAAGUUGUAUUGAAGGAAAAUGUCUAAUCUAAUCCCUUACACUACUGGAUUAAAAAUAACAAUAAAGAAAGACACAUUUUUAUGAUUGGCA